GGCGCGCACCCGGCGGCAGCGCUGCCGCCCCCGCUCCGCCGGGCUCGCUGCGGACCAUGGCACCGGGGCUGCAGCUCGGCUCCUUCCUCCUCGCCCUCGCCGCCUGUCUCGGCGGUCCCCGGCUCGCUGCGGCCGCCGGAGCAGCCGGCAGCAGGAGGGGCCCGGCGGCCGAUGCGUGCUCUGGCAGGGGGCUGUCAUCAGUCACAAAGAAUAAUGGACUACUCAACAUUACCUUUAAAUAUGACAACUGCACUCCUUACCUGACUUCAGUGGGAAGACACGUGAUUGGAGAUGUGCAGAACAUCACUAUCAGUCAGUUUGCAUGCCAGGAACAGGUGGCUGUGAUGAUCCUCUGGACAGCAAAUGCCAUUGGGAUUGAAUACCUGAAGGGAUUUCGAGUAAUACUUGAGGAAUUAAAAUCAGAGGGAAGACAAUGCCAGCAGAUGGUUUUAAAAGAUCCAAAGCAGCUCAGCCCCAGUUUUAAACGAACAGGAAUGGAGUCCCAGCCCUUUGUAAACCUGAAGUUUGAAACGGAUUACUUUGUAAAGAUUGUUCCUUUUCCUUCCAUUAAAAAUGAAAGUAAUUAUCACCCAUUUUUCUUCCGAACUAGAUCAUGUGAAUUGUUGCUACAGCCAGAAAACCUUGUCUGCAAACCUUACUGGAAGCCAAGGAAUGUGAAUGUUACCCAGCAAGGUUUUAACAUGCAAGUGUCCUUUGAUCAUGCACCUCACAACUUUGGGUUUAGGUACUACUUUCUUCACUACAAACUGAAGCAUGAAGGCCCGUUUAAGCAAAAGACCUGCAGACAGGAGCAGAACACAGACACCACAAGUUGUGUUCUUCAGAACGUAUCUCCAGGGGAUUAUAUCAUUGAGCUGGUUGAUGACACUAAUACUACAAGGAAAACAAUGCACUAUGCACUAAAACCAGUGCACUCCCCGUGGGCUGGCCCGAUCAGAGCCAUUGCCAUUACAGUCCCUUUGGUUGUCAUCUCUGCAUUUGCUACGCUUUUCACAGUGAUGUGCCGCAAGAAACAGCAAGAAAAUAUAUAUUCCCAUCUAGAUGAGGAGAGCUCAGAAUCUUCAGCAUAUGCUGCAGGUCUCCAUGUGGAAAGACUUCGUCCCCGGCCAAAAGUGUUCAUCUGCUAUUCCAGUAAAGAUUGCCAGAAACACAUUAAUGUCAUCCAGUGCUUUGCUUAUUUUCUUCAGGACUUUUGUGGCUGUGAGGUGGCUUUAGAUUUGUGGGAAGAUCUGAAAAACUGUAAAGAAGAUCAGAAGGAGUGGCUUAUUAAAAAAAUAAAUGAGUCCCAGUUUAUUAUCAUUGUAUGUUCCAAAGGAAUGAAAUACUUUGUUGAAAAAAAGAACUGGAAGCACAGAGGAGUAACCAAAGAUGCAGGAAAAGGAGAACUCUUUCUCUUUGCUGUGUUUACUGUUGCAGAGAAGCUUCGUCAGGCGAAGCAGAAUUCAGCUGACCUCUGCAAGUUCAUUGCAGUCUACUUUGAUUACUCCUGUGAGGGAGACAUCCCUGCUAUUCUGGAUCUAAGCACAAAAUACAAACUCAUGGACAAUCUCCCCCAGCUCUAUUCACACUUACAUUCCAGAGAUCUUAGUGUACAGGAUUCAGAGGUGUUUCCUGUUAACAUUAGUAAAAGGAAUUAUUUCAGGAGUAAAUCUGGGAGGUCCCUUUAUGUUGCUAUUUGCAAUAUGCAUCAGUUCAUUGAUCAGGAGCCAGAUUGGUUUGAGAAACAAUUCAUUCCCUUCCCUCCACCUUCUUUACACUACUCGGAGCCUGUCAUGGAAAAGUUUGAUUCAGGCUUGGUUUUAAAUGACUUGGUGAAUAAACAGGUGAUGGAUGGUGAUUUUUACCUGAAAACAGAUAUAAACAUUUCAGUGGGGAAUUCAGACUCUCACUGUAUAAUUCAGCACUUAAACCUUGGAGAAGAUAUAGAAACUCAGGACAUUCAAGGUGGUGGCAGCUCUGUUCUUCAGCCAUUGUUACAUGUUGUUAAAGCUUCAAAUCUGAAAGACAUGCCUCGAGAUUCUGGAAUCUAUGAUUCAUCUGUUCCUUCAUCUGAAUUAUCUUUACCUUUAAUGGAAGGACUAUUGACAGACCAAAUGGAAACGUCUUCCAUUACAGGAAGUGUUUCUUCAUCAUCAGGUUUAGGAGAAGAAGAACCUCCUGUAAUGACUGCUACAAAGUUCUUAGUGCCUGGAAUAUGUAAAGCAGAACUUCAUUGCCACAUCCACGCUGAUGAACUGCAGGCAAUUGCUCCUUUAUAAUACAUUACAAUGUUGUUAUGCAUUGCCACUUUAUCAACAGCCUCUGUUUGUGCUUUAACUACCACACUGUCUCAGCACCAAAUCUACUUGAAGGAACAAACAGCCCCUGAAGAAGAUCUGUUAUUCCAUUUUUUUGUGGCCAGUAAACUUGAAUCUGUUGGUCUUUUUAUAAAAACUCUUUAAUGUGUUGAAAAAUGUAGCAUGGAAAAAUAGAAGAGCAUACUUCUAAAAUUGUUCCUGUUAUAAUUUAAAUGUCUUGAAAUUCUACUGUUUACACAUGCCAUAAUCAAAAUUUACUAUUUUUUGCUAGGAAUAACUUUGCAACUGGACAUAAAAUUGGAACAUUAAGCCUUAGUAAAUUUUGUAGUUGAGCCUCUAGUUUUAAGUGCUGAUGUACUUGACAGCAGAAGUGUUGUAGUGAAUGAGAACAGGAUUUUUUUCAGAAGCAAGAUCAAAUGCCAAAGGUGAGAUCAAGAAAUUCUCCAUCAGAAAAAAAAUAUUUUAUUUUCAAAAUGUUUGAGCUCUUUUCCUCAGUCUCCCCAGAUGUUAAUGUGUCUCAGUAUUCAAUUUCAGUGCAUGUCUCCCUCUUGUGCAUUAAUGGCCUGUCUCUCCUCCACAGUCUGCCUGUGGUGACUCACAAACAGCACCAUACUGAGGCUGAAGGAUCACUCUUAGAAUAGACAAAAAUACAGGUCCUCCAUAUGUUGAGUGAUACCAUGGAAACAAAGUUUCCUAUUUUCUUCCUGAAGGGUAAAUAUAAAGAUUAAAGAGAUGGGAGAAGGAAGACCAUAUUUUAUAUUGAAGAUAUUCAUGGUUUGUUCAGCCAUGAGAGACAUGUACUUUAUGGGGGCUCAUAUUAUCAUUUGAGGACAUGAUGCUACAAAACUGGAGUAAAGCAAGCCAAGACAAGCAGUUAACAGGCAGGAAUACUUUGUCUUGAGCCAAGCAGUGAACAGCAGCCAGUGAGUUAUUUUGCAGUUUACACUACUUACCAUCACUUUGUGUACUGUCACUAGUGUUAUAUUAAGGAAAAAUGCAAAAACCACCACUGGCUGUGUUUAUCUGCUGACACCGAACAUACAUGUCCUGUUUCCUGCAGUGGCCAGGUGGGUAAAUCUUCAUCCAAAAUGUCCCUCCUGUUUCCAAGCAGCAACUUUUCUGAAGUUAAAUGCAUCUCUGUAACUGCAGUUCCAGGCAUCAGUACAGUAAGCAUGGAAACAGCAAAUACUAAAGGACACCUCACCAAUGUGCCUUUUCUCAUUCUGGUCAUGGAGUCAAAUUCUGUCUCAUUUAACCGGUAUUCACAUUCCACUAGCAGGAGGUUACUUUAAAGAUAAUUAAGGGAGAACUCAAAUACCUCAAAUAUUCUCUUGGUUUUAAUAGAUGAGAAUUAGACAUUAACUGUUACAUUUUAUUAUCCAUUUUAAUAGCAUGAGAUAGAACUAUUAAGUGAUGAUUUUGGCUGAGUAGCUGUAAAGCUUGCAGGUUGUUUUCUUGGGUUUUGUUUUGGUUUGUAUCAGUUUCUUUGUAUCAGUUGAUAUUUAAUCAUUGGAAUUUCCAAACAAAAAGAGAUGGAGAUUGUUUUCACAGAUAGAGUAAGAAAGUAACAAUUAUUUGUGUAUAACUCUUAAUGGCAGAACUCUGACAUGCUUUGCAAUUGUAAUAUGGAAUUCUGUGAUCAUUUGGAUCAGCAUGUGUUGGAUCUGGAGGGCCUUUUCCAUUACUGAAAUGUUCCUUAUUCUCUCUGCUUUCGGAAUUUCAAAGAGCACUACCUGGAAAACUUCAAUUUUACACGCGUAGUGAAUCAUCUACCCCUUUAAUGAUUUUUUUAAGGCUGUGCCUUGGACCUUAUUGGAGGCAAAAUUCUCCAUGUUUUCCCAUUGCUUGAAGGUCAGACUAGGGAGAAUUAUUUAGAGGUAAAUGCUCCUCCACUAAAUCCAGUGCAGUUCUUGUUUUACUGGAGAAAGGGUUAAGCUUGUAUAAGAGAAGGCAGAAAGGUGACACAAUUUGUAUGCUGUGUGGUGAAGAUCUGCUGUGCAUAGAAAUGCCAAAGCUGCACAAGAUGAGAAGGAGGAGGUGGAGGCAAUUUCUUAGCAGUGAGCUGGUGAAGGUAAUGCUGCUUCCAUCCAUGGGAAGUCCCAGCUCAUUUACGGUUAUUUAAUGCUGGGCUAAAGGUUGGGAAGAUUUCCUUGUUCCGUUCAAUUCAGUGGCAGAACUGGUAUUUUGAAAUGAAAUUAAGUUUUUGUCUUGAGCUCUAAGAAAACUGAGUGUUGAAAAGGGAUGAAGGCAGUUGCACAAAGAAUCACUUGUCAUUAAUGAUUUUUUUAAUUUGUUCAAAAUUUGCUGUACAAUCUUGUACAUUAUUUGUUAAUUAUGAAAAGUCUAUGCAGAUGACAGUCAAAUCUAGGAGUGGGAGGGAAGAAAAAUUCCUUUAUUCCUUCUUAGCUUAAGGUGGAAGCAGCAUAUUAUAUGUACUCAGAAGAAAGACAAUAUAAUUAAGUGAAAAUAUAGAUUAGGAUGGCCCACACCUAAAGUUUACAGAAAUAAGAGAAUACUUAAUCUAACUUAGUAUAGCUUUUUUAUGAAGCCACAGUUCUUAAAUAAUUAGAUGUUGUGUAUAUUGAGAUACUGGAAGAACAUAGUACUGAAUUGGCAAGAGCUCUUUAUGCUGGGAGUAGCAGCAAAAAUACUUGUAAAAUUAUUUUUUUAAAGAUAUGUUAACACACAUAGUAGAGGUUAGCUUACUACUGUUUUCAAUUCUAAACAUCAUGUUAAUGGUGAAAAGAUCCCUUUAAUUUCUGCUACACUCAAGUGUGUGGACGUUGGAUAUUUUAUAGUGUAUUUUCUGGGAGGGUAAAAAAACAUUGGAAAGCUGAAGGCUCAGGAUGUGACAGUGUGUUCAGCAUUUUGAAUGAGGAGUAUAGGUGCCAUAAUUUGUUCCUGUCUAUGGACACAUCAACUGUUGAAAAUAGAAUGCAUCUGACAUUUGCAGAAAUAAUGUUUUAUCAUACUUUAAUUUAGAAGUUAAAUACCAAAAUAAAAUAUUUUUGUUCCAUUU